GUUAUCCCACCAAAGGAGUGGAAACCAAGAAAAGACUAUAAUGAUAUUGGAGAUUUGGUGAUUCCUUCUCCAAUUCAGCAGACAAUCACUGGCCAGUUGGGGGUCUUCACACAGUACAACAUUAAGAAAAAGCCAAUGACAGUAAAGGAGUUCAGGCAGCUGGCCACCAGUGCCAGAUAUGCCACCCCAGGACAUGAAAGUUUUGAAGAUCUGGAGCGUAAAUACUGGAAGAACUUGAGUAUUGCAUCACCAAUUUAUGGAGCAGAUGUCAGUGGGAGCAUUUAUGAUGAAGGUGUUGAGGAAUGGAAUAUUGCCCAUCUUAAUACAAUAUUGGAUGUUGUAGGAGAAGACUCUGGAAUUUGUAUUGAGGGUGUAAAUACGCCAUAUCUGUAUUUUGGCAUGUGGAAAACAACAUUUCCAUGGCACACUGAAGACAUGGAUCUCUACAGUAUUAAUUAUCUCCAUUUCGGGGAGCCAAAAUCAUG